UAGAAUUCCACUUCACACACCCACCACGUGACUCCUCAUUGAACCGUCAAGAUCUCUUAAUACCCCACCCUUUAUCUGCGGUUCAGAUUCACCCACGCGAUCUAACCCUUAUCGCCAAACGAACGGUUUUAAACUUGCCACGUGUCGUCACCGAUUCAAUAUUAUACCCCACGAUCCAACGGACCAUGCAAUUUCUCCCUUCCUCUCAACUCUCCCUCCCUCCCCCUCUCUCAACUCUCGCCGGGAAAUCAAGAACCCGGCAAUAUCUCCGGCCAAAAUUCUCUAUCCGACAAAGGGCUUUUCUCUUUUUUAAACUUUUUUUCUCUUUACCCAUCAAACAAAUAGUAAUCCCUUUACUUCUGUUUAUAGAAAUAUAGAUUUUUUCUUGAAGUUUCAGCUGGGAAACCUUCUAAAAGAAGCUUUUACUGGGUACCCUUUUGUUUUUUUUGUUUUUUAAAUUUGGAACUUGGCUUGAAUAGCGAUGGCUGAUUCAGACAACGAGUCAGGAGGACACAACGCUGGAAACGAAGGAUCAACAAGGGAACAAGACAGGUUUUUACCAAUAGCAAACGUGAGCAGAAUUAUGAAAAAAGCUUUACCAGCAAACGCAAAAAUCUCAAAGGACGCUAAAGAAACAGUUCAAGAAUG